AUGAAUAGCCCGGUAGUACACGACACUGUCCGCCACUGUCCACGGGACUAUACUGUCACUUCCCGUCCCAUAGACUGGUACACAGCCAGCACACGAUUUCGGCCUUUGUCACUGGAUGUGCCCAAACCUCUGUUUCCAGUGGCAGGGCUGCCCAUGGUCCAGCAUCACAUAGAAGCAUGUGCGGCUGUACCGGACAUCCGAGAAAUUUUACUUCUUGGUUACUUCCCAGCACAACAGCUGCAGCAGUUUGUGGCAGAUAUGAUUGCUGCAUACAAAAUUAGGAUUAGGUAUCUUCAAGAAUACCAGGCUUUGGGCACGGCAGGAGGCAUCUAUCACUUCAGAGACCAGAUUAGUUCUGGAAAUCCCGAUGCCUUCUUCGUGCUCAAUGGUGACGUGUGUGGAGAUUUUCCUCUGCAGGAAAUGCUAAAUUUUCAUACCAGCCUUUCUACCCCAUCACUCAUCACCAUCAUGGGCACUGAAGCCACUCGUCAGCAGUCCACCAUGUAUGGCUGCAUUGUUGAAGACAAAGAAACCCACCAGAUUCUACACUACGUUGAGAAGCCUUCCACUUUUGUGACCAAUCUUAUCAACUGUGGCGUUUAUAUUUGCUCCCCCGAUAUCUUCAAGCGAGUUGGAGAAAUAUUUAAUUCCAGACAAGAUUUUUAUAGCUGUGAUGAUUGUGAAGGGAGAGAAACUAUUCAACUGGAGCAAGACAUUCUUAUGCCUAUUGCUGGAACCGGCCAAGCUUAUGUUUAUACUACUGACAGGUGGUGGUCUCAGAUAAAAACUGCAGGAUCUGCUAUAUAUGCCAAUCGCCACUAUCUCCAACUUUACCACAAGACCAAGAAUGAGCGCUUGGCUACAAAUGGACCAGAUAAACCAACUAUUAUCGGUGAUGUAUACAUUCACCCAACAGCAAGUGUUGAUGCAUCAGCUCUGCUGGGUCCAAAUGUGAGUGUUGGGAAGAAUGCAGUGAUAGGUGCUGGAGUUCGUAUUCGAGAAUCAAUUAUCCUUGGCAAUACCACUAUUCAGGAGCACAGCUGUGUUCUAUACACUGUUGUAGGAUGGAACUCAAGCGUUGGUGCCUGGACACGACUGGAAGGCACGCCUUGUGACCCUAACCCAAAUAAACCAUUUGCAAAAAUGGACAAUGUUCCACUUUUCAACAUUGAGGGAAAGUUGAAUCCAUCUAUUACUAUUCUUGGAUGCAAUGUAACUGUUCCAUCUGAGGUGAUAGUCCUGAACUCCAUUGUACUGCCUUACAAGGACCUUCCACGCAGCUACAAGAAUGAGAUUAUCCUCUAGGUUAAGUGUUUAAAGAUAUUUGUUACUAAUACAGUACUGUACAGUAAUCCUGUCUACAAAUAAUUUUCUUUGAAUACAUAUACAGAGAGAAAUUUUAGUCUUGAGGUGGAUAUUUAAGAGUUAGAUUUUCAAUAUAUUUAGUGAAUGUAACCUUAUAUUUUUAAAUGAAGUUUAUAAAACAUCAAAUCUUGUUUAAUGUAAAAAAAAAAAAAAAAAAUUACUAACUGCUGAAAUGGUUUGGCAGUUGCUUGUGAAAAUAAUAAACAAAACAUUGGUCAUAAAA